AUGACAGGCGUUUUUUUAAAGUCAUGCGAUUCACCACCCGCCAACGCUUGCGGCAUUCCCAUGGUGGAUGUGCAAGGCGGGUGCCAACUAUUAACAAAGUCACAGGUUUUUCAGCAGAAUUGUAUCUCCCCAUCUUUUAUACCAAUAUUGAAAGAGAUGAUUCCUCGGUACGAAGCAAUGCUGGGGUUUGGUGGCAGUUGGUUUUGGAAUUGCUAUUUAAAUGCGCUUCACGGAGAAGAUGUAUUUCUGGAUUUGAAAGGAACUGGAGUUAGUUUGUCAGAAGAUUCUUUGGACGCGCAAGUAUCUCUACGGCGAAAGUUGACUUCUUUGGAUGAUGCCAAAAUGUUUGAAGUUGCUGCUGAACACUGCUGCUCAAAAGUUGAGGCUCUCUGCGCCAUGUGUCUUUCUAUCGUUCUGCAUGUAUCACAUCGGCCGAUGCUGGAGAGUGAACAAGGACCCCAAGCUUUGGUGCUUUGUGCCACAAAGGAUCAGUGUGAUGAGUUAUACGUAUUGCUUGAUCGUUUUGGAUCUGCUCUUCAUUUGGUUACGCACAACUUGUUUGGGGCGUACCCUCCUAUGCCAAGUGGAAAAAGGGCGGAUAUUGUUGUGGGCACCGUGCCGCUCUGGGAGAGCGUGGCAAAAUUGAGUUUACUUGGCACUCUUGAUGGUCUUGAAGAAAUCCUCUAUCAGGUCUCGCACGAUUCGCGUUGGACGGCGUCAUCAACGCGGUGGAGACCAUAUUCGCUGGAUUUUGUUGUCCAACUGUUUUUUGUGGAUUUGGACCUGCAGCAUGCUUUGGGAUACGGACCAAUGCUGCAGCGGUUAUUUAUGGAACACAAAAGGCCUGUGUUACCGGGGCCCAAGCCAGUAAGGAAUAAAAUCCUUCACGGAACUAGAAAUGGCUCUAUCGGUUCUAGUGGGCUCCCACAAAGAUGUCAGAUGUAUUGUUUGGUUGGUGGAUGUGGGAAAGGAAAGGAACUCUUUGAAAUACUGCUUGUUUUACGUGACAGGCGUGGAGAUGGCAGGAAUAAAAAUGAGGUUGUACGAAUUUCUAUGAAGCAACCCCUGGUUCACCCUGACAAAAACGGCGAGCUUGUGACCGACGCUCCUCGCAAGCGUGUAAGAGAUGAACAUGAUCAUGGUGUAGCUAUUGAGAAGGAAUCUAAGAGGGAAUGUCCUCGAUUGGUGGUGCACAACGCCCUUUCACACUCUCGGUUAAUGCUUGAUGCAGCCGCUUUUGAAGAAUUUGCAGCAGAGACGAAACGACGUGCUCAAAAUUUUUGGUCAAGGUUUGAAGCAACAUCAUCUCCUAACGCAAACGAAAACCACAGGACGUUUGUCAUAGACGUGCAGUUGGCAUACUUAUGCAUAGGCCCGGAUCAAUACUCUGUAAAAAAUGAGAGGACAUGGUUCAUGGCGGAGACGGUAGCCAUCAUUACACCCAUAGGCGAUGGUGCCGCACAUCCAUCAAGGACUGCACUGCUGAUGCGUCACUUGGAAGAUGAGCUCUCCGGGCAGAUAUUUGAUGGAAGUGUUGUACAGUGUCUUUUCCAGCGGGGUUCAAUCGAUCGUGUGGCUUCUGAUGCUGUGAUGUUAAAUCGUGUUUUUUCUGCCACGGCAAAGUCUAUUUCUCAGGAACCGCUGUUUUUGCGCUUUGCUACUGAGGAUGGAGAAGAGAAAGAGGAAGGAGGGGAAGCAAAGAAAGAAAAGACGGAUCUGGAAAUGGUGGAUACACCCACAAACCGGGCACACCUUCGUCAGCUUGCUCAAGAAGCAUCGUCUGAGGUGGAAGGGGCAUCAUCUUUUCCACUGCAUAAAUUUCUUGCCGUUUCUAGAUGUCAGUCACGGCGCACUGUUCUUUCCUUUCGCCAGAUUGCUCCAACCAUCUCGUUGUUUUGCGACGCUCAAAGUAACAGAAAAUCAAUGGCGCUUCUGUACUUGGAGGAGUGUUGCCAGUACGGGAAGGUUGUUUCUUACUUUAUAUUUGGACAGCGGCGUGGUGGGAAGGACGGGAAGGGCUGCGUACAUUUCUUUGUGGAGUUUGCGGGACAUGAAGGGGCAGCAGAGGCUGUGCGGCAGUUUUCAUUGCGUUUCGCAAGCGAAGGCAAAGAAACGGAAAAUUACAUGCGCGUGAAGCUUUUUCCCAACGAGUUGUAUUAUGAGGGGGUCACGGCCGAACUACAAAAAAGGCAUGGUAAAACAGGCAAAAUAGAUAACACGAGUGAUAAUAGUAGUGAUAGUGAUGAUGAUGAAUUUAUGGGGGUUUCACUCCUCGGUGAAUAA